UUUUGCAGUUACAGUGCAUCAGAGGGCCUUUUAUGCCUGAACUCAGAACAGACAUGGGGACAGUGUGAAGAUUACAAGGUCAUGUUCACCUGCACUGAACAGUUCUGCUCAGAGUGCAGGACGCGCUGGUUCAGUCAUGAUGACCCGACAGGAAACGGAGACUAUGAGGUCCUCAGUGACCUCCUCAACAUAUACCCCAGAGAAAUCUGCCCCCAGCCAAUAGCCAUCGAGGUCCAGACCAUCUCUGGGGAACCUGCCUCUAACACCUCUGAUACUUUUUUAAAUUACGAUGCCACCUAUGGGUUUGCCUGUGUAAAUGCUGAUCAGAGGGGCAAGAGUUGUGAAGAUUAUAAAGUCAGGUUUACAUGUCCCAAAGAGUUCUGUCAAGUGUCCGAGCAGUGUCGAACACAGUGGCUGAACAGCGAUGACCCAUCAGAGGAGGGGGAUGUUGAGUCCAUACUUCAGCUGAUGAAAACCUUCCCCGGUCAAGUCUGUAAAAACCCAAUCGGCAUCGAGGCCAUGACAACAAGAGGAAUAUCCGCCCAUUACACCGGAGACACAUACCUCUCCUAUGAUGUUGCUUUUGGGUUUGCAUGCAUCAAUGAAAAACAGAAGAGUAAACAAUGUGAGGAUUAUCAAGUGAUACUGACGUGUCCUUCAGACUUCUGUCAGGGCUGCAGGACACGCUGGUUCGACGAGGACGAUCCCACAGAUAAAGGAGACUAUGAGACCCUCCUCCAGCUGCAGAUGCUAUAUCCCACUGAGGUCUGCACCCAGCCUGUGGCCAUUGAAGCCAUGACACUAUCUGGUGUCCCUGCACACAGGACGGGUGAUGUCUUUCAAGUAUAUGAUGCUACUCAAGGUUUUGCCUGUGUGAAUACUGGUGGAAAACGCUGUCAAGACUACAAGGUCCGCUUCACCUGCCCAUUGACUUUCUGCACAGGAUGAAUAAUGAGUGGUCAACAGUUAUUUAGGGGAGUUACGGUCAGUAGAGGAUGUGUAGUACCUGCUAAGAUAAUAUGUUAAAAUCCUGUAGAAUUGCUCAUGUGUUUUUAACAUUUUUUCCUCAUUCAUUAAAUGCAUGUUGUCAUAAAAAGAAAAAAUAUACUGUAUAUAAAUGGCAGAUCAUCACAUCCCUCUGGAUAAGAGGACCACUUCCCCAGAAACAGGAUGUGUAUGGGUUUAUUGUGUAUGGGCAAUUUUGCAUGUGAGUAAAUUUACAGAUCCAGAUUCCACAGAGUUGAAUUGUCCUGAGUUAUGGCCAGAAACAUGUAUUGUAAGAUGACAGUGAUCUUGACCUUUGACCACAUUCAGUUCUAUAACUUUUAUAGGAUUUACUCAUCUACAGUCUGCAGACUAUUUCAUUAUAUGUGUUUACUGUAUGGAUGUUUGACAGAUAAUAUCACUGUUAUGACAGAAGAACUGUGUGUAAUACAGAAAUGAUCUUAUCUUGACAGUGUUCUGUGAAGUUGACACUGGUGAGAAGCUGAGUUUUAGUCAUAUAACAGUAUAACAGGAGGUUUAAGAUUUAAUGAAUCAUGUAACUUUAACACAGAAUAGUAAAAUAUUUUUUUUUUCUAUUCAAGUGCAAAUCAACAGGUCCACUCUAGUCACU